GGGCUCAAAAAGUGAGCCUCCUUCCUCGAGGAGGCUUGCCGUAGCGUGUUGAAGUGACUAAAAUAAUUAAAUUCACACAGUAAAGGAAACUGAUCGUCGAUACCAACUACAAGUUAAUAACGAAAAAAGAAAAAAAAAAAAAACAGAUUGUCAUUCGAAGGCAUCAGUCUAAAAGACGGUGAGCCAAAUCACGGCAACGGGGGAAACAUCGGUGACAGAUCACGACAAGGUGACAAUGGAGAGCGCAGAGGUACUCGUCCCUGUUCCUCCGACUGCUCCGGGACCUCCGACGGGACCAUUGGACGCAAGUAGACGCAGCUGUCCCUGGGGCAACGCGUCUUCGACGACGCCCCAGCAGGACGUCUCUUUCGAGGAGGUGAUGAGCGAACAACUCGCCCGUGCCUUGGAGAAGGAAGAGUUGGUGGCCGCAGCGCAGGGCGACCACUCCGCUGUGCCUUAUGUUGGGGAAGCAGUGGCUGUUGCUGCUGCUGCUGCAGAGAUCUUCACGCCGGCAGAGGACUGCACCGACGAUCAUGCUCUGGCACUCCUGCUGCAAGCUGAGUACGACCGCGAGCACGACACCGUGCUUGGUGUCGAGGAGAGAAAAUUCAAUGGCAAGAGCAAAGUGAGUGUGUCAUUUGACAACUACCGACGGGCACGGGAGCCAGUGCUGUCAGACUCUGAGGACGAAGACGAGGAUGGUCUGGAUGGUGGCCUAGGCGCAGGUGGCGCCCGACACUGGGACUCGUUUGAGCGGGACCAAAAAACUGCGCAGGCUAUUGGUCGUUCAGGCGUGGCCCGUCAGCCAGGUGGAGGCUUCACCACCAAGCACGAUGCCACUGUCUGUGGGCGCCGGAAUGCCUGCCGGGUGAUGGAGUUGCCCCCUGGCAUCUCGACGGGGGACGGUGGGGGUUUCGACAUGCGGCUGUCAAACCACGUGUACAAUUCCCUCAAGGUGCACUCUGCCCAGGAGGGGCGUCGUGCGGCCCGGUUACACGACAAGCGAGAGAAGGCCACCGCAGAGCAAUCGCUGGAUCCAAACACGCGGCUGCUGCUCUACAAGCUGGUCAACAGGGAGAUCCUCGACCAGGUGAACGGCUGCAUCAGCACGGGCAAGGAGUCCUGCGUCUUCCACGCUGCUGGGGGAAAGUAAGCGAAUUUGAAGGUGCCCAUGGAGUGCGCAGUGAAGGUGUUCAAGACCACGCUGAACGAGUUCAAGAACCGGGAGCAGUACAUCCGCGAGGACUUCCGCUUUCGAGAUCGCUUCAACAAGCUGAAUCCGCGGAAAGUUAUCCACCUAUGGGCUGAGAAGGAGAUGCACAACCUGAAGAAGAUUGAGCGUGCGGGUCUGCCCUGCCCCUCUGUGGUGCUCCUCAAGAAGCACCUGCUGGUGAUGUCCUUUGUGGGCGUGGACGGCGUGCCAGCCCCACAGCUUCGGGAGGCAGCGCUCGUCGGAGAGCAGCUGGCAAGCGCCUACGCGCAGACGGUGCAGUUGGCUCGUGACCUGUACGACCGCUGCCAGCUGGUGCAUGCCGACCUGAGUGAGUACAACCUGCUCUGGCACCAGGGCCGGGUGGUGCUCAUCGACGUGAGCCAGGCCGUGGACCGAAUGCACCCUCACGCCCUCGAGUUCCUCUUCAGGGACUGCACCAACGUGUCUAGGUUCUUCCAAAGACAAGGCCUGCCCGACGUCCUGAGUCCGAAGGAUCUGUUCACGCACGUCUGUGGCCUCAACCUACCUGGCGAGGGUGCCGAGCUGCUCUCCCAGAUUCAGAAUUACGAAAAGAACGAGCAGCUGCUGACGAAGGAAAACCAGCGAAAAGCGGAUCUCUUCGACACACUCUUCGAGAAGUCGAUGGACAAGAGAUCGAGGAUAGGAAACGAAUCUGGUGCCAAGCCAGAAACUGGAGAGCAAGUCUGUCAGGCGGCGCAGUCUGACUGACAGCCAAACCUGUGAUGUGCCCGGGGCCUUUAUCAUUUUUUUUUUUUCUUAGCAGAUUUUUAUCACAACGUCAACCUAUGACAAACGAAAGUGUAAAUAAAAGUAGAUACCAGUGA